GGGGCCUCGGUUGGCCUCGUUGAUGUGAUGCAGCUGCAGGAAGAGAGAAGCUGCUGCUGCCUGAGGAGGAGGAGGAGGUGGUGGUGAAGAGGAUGAGAAGGUAGCACUCCAAGUUAAAGACUAAAGUGCCGUUUAUCAUCCUCACUUUGACUUUUGAUGAAUGAGAACCACACUAGAGCUGGUUUUAUGCCCAGAACACAUUUCGGCUCUGUUGUUUGCAUGUCUUUAAACCUAAAUUAUAAAGGUGAUUAAACCGGGAAGAUGUUCUGCUGGUUGUUAAAAUGGACAGUUUGCUUUCUCGUGCUCAUGACGACGAGCACCGCCUCCCCUGACGAUGCACCGGUGGAUUUUGGAGGCGAGUCCGGCUCGGGGAUGCUGCAGACAGAUGAGGUGAACAUUCUGCAGGAGCUUUCUCUUCAGGUGUCGAAAAACAGUAACGCCUCCAUGACGAUGGAUGACCGCAGGUGUCCAGUCCUACAGGUGGGACAGUACUCCACCUUGGCUCUCCCUCUUCAACAUCUCCUCACUGACGGGUUUGCAGAUGAGUUCAGUUUACUGGUGCAGCUGCGGAGCCCUCACAGAGGUGAACACAGUGUCUUCACCAUGCUCAGCCCCGACAGCCACGUUAUGCUGCAGCUGCGGAUCAGUCCUUAUGCUGUCAUCUUCAUAGGAACACAGCAACGACACUAUGAGUUCCCAGUCAGCGGUCUGUCUGAUGGAAAGUGGCACCAUGUGGCAAUCAGUGUGUCUGCCAAGCGGCUUGCGCUGUAUGUGGACUGCUCUCUGUUGGAGAGUGUGGACUGGGUGUACCACGGCAUGGGGAUCAGCACCGACGGGCUGCUCAUGAUUGGAGGCAUCAUCGAGGGCUUUGAGACUCCAUUUGAAGGUCAUCUCCGACAGCUGACCUUCCUGAUGGGCGACCCAGACGCUGCCGAGCAACACUGCAGCCACCACCCGCCCCGCUGUAGUGGGACCGCCCCCAAGCCUCCUCGCUCCGCUCGAACCAAGGAGAAUGUACUGCUGUCCUCGAAUGACCUGGAGGACCUGCUGGGAAAUCCCAAGGACAAGUCAUUUUUGAGCUUUGGCAGGACUAAUAUGUUUCUGCGACGAGGGAGUUCUCGAGGAGACGGGACUGUGCCUUCAGGAUCCAAUCGGAAAGGUUCAGUGGGUCGUGGAGAUGUCUUUGUGGUGGAUGAGGACACUGACUUGUUGGAUCCACUCUUCCAAAAUGGCGGACAAGUCAACCCUCAGUGGAAACCUUCCAGAAAUGGACUUAAGGGAAGCCAGAAGGGGAAGCCUGAACUGUCAUCUAAACUAUUGGAGGAGAACAUAACCACAGACAAAAAGACAGAUUCCAGUGGGAGGACUUCAUCGCUGUUCCCCGGAAAACCAUCCGAUGUCAUCACUGACCUGGUCAUCGGAAGUGCCACCAAGAAGCCCUCAGUGGGAUUUCCUGUACUUCCUAAGAUCCCUUCAGUUCCCAGAACGUCCACAGACUCCAACACACUAAGGGAGGAGACAGAUGAAAGGUCCACGUCUGUCUCACCUACACCUCAUGUCAUCAUCUCUGGUCCAUCUGCAAAGGCAGUAGUUGAGGAGGGGAAACCCAUCACCACUGAUCAUAGAGCCGAGCACGAUGGUAAACAACCAGACAAGGAGCUCCCCAACAUUGUGACCAUUGUAUCCAGGGACAGAGACCUGGUCCUGGGCUCAGAUGGCAAAAAGUACCGGCUCCAAAGAGGACCACCGGGCCGAAUGGGUCUCCCAGGGCAGGCGGGCUGUCCUGGUGAGCCUGGCCUGCCUGGGUUUAAAGGUGAUAAGGGUAAGACAGGCCCCGAAGGGAGUCCAGGAAAAAAGGGGGAACUAGGACCUCCUGGACCGGCAGGUUUACCAACCCUCUACCUGUGGAAGAACACAGCGGAGGAAUGGGCUGCCUUUCAGCAAACCAAUUUCUACCAGUUACUUCGUUCUGGUUGGCCUAGUGAAGAAGGCCCUGCAGGACCACCUGGAGAGAUGGGCAGGCCCGGCAUACAGGGGCUACCUGGGGAACCUGGGGAGCGAGGACGACCAGGGAUGCCAGGAGAGAUGGGUGAGCAGGGUCACAGGGGCCCUCCAGGACGAGACGGGGCCCAAGGUAGAGACGGGGAAAAUGGAGAAGAUGGUCAUCCCGGGUCACCUGGUGCUCCUGGAUCACAGGGCCCGUGGGGAUACAGGGGAGAACGAGGGUCCAAAGGGGAAAAAGGUGAUGAGGGUCUCAUUGGCCUCAAUGGUCCAAGAGGAGAAAUUGGCGAACCUGGUGAGAAGGGCUCAACUGGUUUACCGGGCCCACCUGGUCCUGUCGGACCACCAGGGCCUCAGGGGAUCCGAGGUGGCUACGGGGCAGAGGGGCCCCGUGGGCCUGAUGGGGAGAGUGGACUGGAUGGCCCUCCAGGUGUGCUAGGGCUGACGGGCGCACCAGGUUUUACAGGACGAGUUGGCAGUCAAGGAGUUAAUGGCUCAAGGGGGGACCUGGGACCUGCUGGCAGUGUUGGUCCCAAAGGCCAAAAGGGGCCUCCAGGUUUAGAGGGACAGAUGGGACCUCCAGGACUCAGAGGAUCCCAAGGACAUCCAGGACUGACCGGUGCUCCUGGACCUAAAGGAGAUCCUGGGCCUGUGGGGCCCAUGGGUGCCCGGGGGGAUCCCGGCUUUGAGGGGCCCAUGGGUGCACCAGGGAGACAGGGUCCUAUGGGUUUUCCCGGGGUAACGGGUAACAGGGGACCAGAUGGGGACAAGGGGAAUCCAGGACCUAAAGGCGACAAAGGUAUUCAAGGGGCAGCAGGUAUUAGGGGUCCUCAGGGAGAGAGGGGCCCCACCGGCUUCCCAGGUUUCCCAGGCACCAAGGGCCGGCCUGGUCCCAAAGGCCCUGAGGGCUCCAAUGGAGAAACUGGUCCUCAGGGAAAACAGGGCAGCUACGGGUUAAAGGGGAACAGGGGACCAGAUGGACGUACCGGCAAACCAGGAUCCAGAGGGAACAAGGGUCAGACUGGACAGAGGGGCCACACUGGCCAACCGGGCCCUUCGGGUUUGCCGGGGCCACCUGGACCAGAGGGAGCAGAAGGAAAGCCUGGUACACAGGGUCCCUCAGGUGCAGCUGGCAGUGCUGGCAGUAAAGGGCUAAUGGGCUUUCAAGGAAUUGCUGGGGACAGAGGAACAGACGGCCCACCAGGUUCAACGGGGCCACUGGGGAAACCAGGACCUCCAGGAUCACCAGGACCCCCAGGAGACAGGGGUUUCACAGGGAAGCCGGGCAUGGAGGGACCUCAGGGCCCAGUAGGCAUGUAUGGUAUCCAGGGGAACGUGGGCAUGCGUGGGCCUCCAGGGUUCAUAGGACAAAGGGGUGAGCCAGGUUUACGAGGUUUACCUGGGCCUGUUGGGAAGCCAGGACUUGUAGGUCUGCCAGGUCCUCCUGGAGAGAAGGGACCCCAGGGACCUCAGGGUCGGCCUGGAGACGAAGGGCCCAAAGGGAUACAGGGCCCACCAGGCCCUCCAGGUUUCCCAGGUUUUGAUGGGGCAAUUGGAAAACCAGGACCCAGGGGAAGCCAAGGGCCCCCAGGACCUCAGGGGCCACAGGGGCCAGCAGGAAUCACAGGCCCACAGGGUGCUGAUGGAUUAUUAGGAGCAGCAGGGGAAAGAGGACACAAGGGUUUACCUGGCUUUCCUGGAGAUGCUGGUCCCACAGGACGAGAUGGAGAACAGGGUCUCCAUGGCCAAACAGGAACUGAAGGCCCAACUGGACAGAAAGGAUACCAGGGGGACAUAGGGACUUGUGGGAAACCUGGCCCUCCAGGGCCUCUAGGUGAGAGAGGACUCGAGGGCCCAAAAGGCUUACAUGGACCACCUGGACCAGUGGGUGAAGAGGGUGAUGUCGGGCAUCCUGGUGUAGCUGGAGAUCCUGGAUCCAAAGGGGAGAAGGGUGAUGUGGGACCUCCAGGUUUGUCUGGUCGAGAAGGCCCUUGGGGAACCCUUGGGGAAAAUGGCGAAAGGGGCCCAAAGGGGGAGAAGGGCCACAUUGGACUAAUGGGUGAACCGGGGCUGAUGGGUGAAGUGGGACCUGUAGGUCUGACGGGGUUAAAGGGAAUCACAGGCCCUCGGGGACCCCCGGGGCUAGAUGGACCUCAGGGCCAGAAGGGUGAUUCUGGGCCUGUAGGAAUUACUGGGCCUCCAGGUGCAGGAGGCCCUCAGGGAAUAACUGGUGCACGUGGUGUCAGAGGAGACACAGGGGGGCUGGGACCACCUGGUCCAGUAGGACAAGUUGGACCUCAGGGAGAACAGGGAGCUAAAGGGGAACCAGGGCCACAGGGUCUAAAGGGAGAGCCAGGAGCUCCAGGUCUUUUGGGAGAACAGGGUGAGGAUGGUCUGCCAGGGAUCCGAGGUCCUCCGGCUCUGCCAGGGUUUGAGGGGCCUCCUGGAGAGAUCGGGCCGCAGGGUCCUCCAGGUCCCACAGGGGCUCCUGGAGUGCAAGGAAGACCAGGACCUGAGGGGAAUCAGGGCAUGAAAGGGGAAAAGGGAGACGAUGGCAAGAAUGGAUCACCAGGGAAGAUGGGUCAUGUUGGAAGGAGGGGGAAACGGGGGAAGGCCGGAGUCCGAGGGGCCAGGGGAGACAGAGGAGUAAAGGGCGAAAAGGGAGACACAGGACUGGCUGGCCUCCCUGGGUGGCCAGGGCUCAUCGGAAUCCCUGGCUUACGUGGAGAGCCGGGGGAUCAAGGUGAAAAGGGGAAAGAGGGUGAGAAAGGAGACCAUGGACUGCCUGGACCACCUGCAGCUGAUGGCAUGAAGGGUAUUCGUGGUCCUGUUGGGUUGCCAGGUCCUCCGGGCCUGAAGGGAGAGCAGGGAAAUAUUGGUCUACCAGGACCGAGGGGUACACCAGGGAUGCCAGGACUGCCUGGUUUGUUUGGAUUAAAGGGUUUGAAAGGCUACCAAGGUUUGCCUGGUCUGCCUGGCAGGAGGGGGCUCCCAGGUCCACCUGGGGUUCCUGGACCCCCAGGACUGUCACUGAACAUGACGGUGACUCAACUCAAGGACCUGAUGUAUGUGUCCGAUAAGCCCAACUAUCCUCUGAUCCAGACUCUGCUGGAUUCUCUGCAGCAUGAGCUUCGGCUGCUGUUGGAUCCUCCUGAUGGCAGCAAGGAGCAUCCUGCCACCACCUGUCUGGAGCUCUGGCUCUGUCACCCUGAGUACAGCAGCGGAAUGUAUUACAUUGACCCCAACCAGGGCAGCCCAGCCGACGCUCUGCUGGCCUACUGCAGCUUCUCAUCCACAUCAAAACAGACCUGUGUUCAUCCUCGAGACUCUCAGUUGCCCAUGAAAGCCUGGAUGGAAGACUUUUCUGAAGAAGGAUCUUUUCAGUGGCUCAGCAGGCUGGAGCAGGGGUUUCAGUUUUACUAUCCAGGUGCCAACGUGGUCCAGAUGCGUUUUCUGAGGUUGCACAGUAACACCGCCAUCCAGAAGGUGACCUACUCCUGCCAUCCAGGACACAGACUGGGCCAGACCGACAGAGACAUCAAAUUCCUCACUGACACAAGGAAGCAAAGUUACCUCGGAGCACUUAAAGAUUGUGUGCCUGGAGAGGAGACCGUUUCUGGACCUCGGGAGUCUGUGUUUGAGUUUGAGGACCUCCAACUGCUUCCUCUGAGAGACAUAGCACUAAUGGGAGGUGGAAACUUAACACACCAGCUGGGCUUCACAGUCGGACCUGUGUGUUUCAGCUAGGGGAUGCUAGAAAGCUGUGCCGUCACAGGUCCAGGACACAAACCUCUGUUCAAAUCAUGGACACCAAGAGGACAGCAGGAACAUCUCUUCCAAUUUCUGAAGAUGUCACUUCCUUUUCCUCUUGUUUUGGCGGGAUUUGAUCUCUCAAGUUGAGUGACUCCGUAUUCAUGAUUUUGAGAGGACAAAAGUUACCCAGGCUUUUUUCACGGAGAAGUCAGUUUUGUUUACAGAGACGUUUAUCUUGUAUUGAAUAAUUUAAAAAUGUAUGUUUUGGUUUUUUUUUCAAUCUUUUAUAUACAUUUUUUUUUUCUGUUUGAUUUUUGUUCUGUAUUUUGGGCUUCUUUCAUAGCCUGCCCAUUGUGUAUAUAAAAGCCAGACUGUCCUAACUGACCUCUUAACAAUGUGUUCUGCAUGGGGACACAGCUACUGUCAUCCCAUUGGCAUCAUGUGACCAGGCCAGUAAACUCUCACUGUAAGUCCACUACAUUUGUACUGUAAGUGAACUCAGAUGUGUCACUUUUCUCAAGGUGCUGAUCAGGUUUUAUUUGAAAGACCAACAUUUAUGUUAUCCCAAAAACAAUAGAGGGGUCAUAUUGUCUUAUGCAUACUUGAUUCUGAAAAUUUCCUCAUUUUGUUAAAAUAUAAAACAUUGUUUAUUGUUUUUACAGUUUCAUAUAAUUGUGUUUUUGGUUUUUUUUAUGUCUCAGGUAUGAUGCCUUAAUGAUACACAUGGGCAGCACUAAAGCUGCUGUUGCCACAGUAUGUUGGUCAGUUUUGUAGUUAAGCAUUCAAACUUAAAGACUUAAGAAAUGUUAAGAUUAGAAAUGUUAAAGGAUAAAUCCAUGUAAAGACCAAAACCAACACUAAAUUAGUCCUACCAACAAAUAUUGUCUGUGUAGCCAAAGCCUUAAAUGUGUUAUUCCUCUGUGCCAUAGAGCUCCAUCAGUAGGCCACAUAGUUGCACUGGGUUUCAUGUUCCUUCAUUAUCAUGAACACAAAUGGUGUAGUUUUAUUUUGACUCAAUCCCACUUAAACCAUCCUGCUGCUGGAAAUACCAAAUGUGUAUUAAUCCACAGCUGAAACAGUCCACAACAAAUGCUUUAUUUACUUCUGUUUGAGUAAUGUAUGCUAAAAACUACAGAACCCAGCUGUUUUGGGAAAUGACUGAGCCUUUAUUUAUUUGUUGUUGGGGUUUUUUUUUUUAAAUAAAACAAUGUGGGGCAGCCAGCACACACCUCAUGUACAAGGCUGAGUCCUUAUCGCAGCGGCCCGGGUUCAAAUCCAACCUGCGGCCCUCUGCUGCGUGUAACUCCCCUCUCUCUCCCACAUUUCCUGUCUAUUUUCAGCUGUCCCUAUCAAAUAAAGGCAAAAAGCCCCAAAAAGAAAUCUUAAAGAAAAAUGAAACAAUGUGUUAUGAGCUGCUUUUAAAGAUUUACAUUUUCAGGAGGAAGCAAUGGGCUUGGGAAAGUAUUGAGACACGGACUAAAGCAUUGUUGGUUUUGCUCUUUUCAUGAGAUUUGUUGACAAUAAGAAAACAAUAUAAUAACACCAGCCUUAUCCUUUAAAAUGGUGAACUCCUGCACACUGUUAUCAAAAAAAAAUGUUGAAGUUUGUUGCAGAUCUUCAUUAGGCUUUAAACAACAAUACAAUAAGCACUGGCCACAGGCUGCAGCAGCCAAUUACAAACAGGGUCAAAUCACAGGAACGCCUGAGACGAAAGAAAUUUAAUAAUCUGUGAAAAUACAUACAUUAAAAGACUAAUCAAAACUUUUAAUUUGAAAAAAUUACGUACUUUUACUAUUUUCCCCAUUUCCCUGAAGGUCUGACAAAAACGUAGCUGCUGCUUUAAUACAUUUUGUGCUGACAUUGUGCAAGAGUUAGAUUUCAUUCUCCUGUUUUAACAAUAGAAAUGUUAAAUUCAAGGGUGUUAAAGAGAGUCUCUCUUUUUCUGUUAUUUUCAUGUAAACCAAGAACUGAAAUUAAGCAGCCAGAGUUUACAGAUCCACCUAUUUCCUCCCACAACAAUAUUGUAAUUUCUUUCGCUGCACUGUAAAGAUCAUACAUAAGUUUGGCCAUAGAGUAAGUGCAAGAGUAGUGCCCUGCAGUAUCCUGCAGAGCUUCUUUGACCCCCUUGUGAAAAUAAAGUGCCUAUUACCACCCACUUAGCAUUGAGUAAUUGCUGCCGGCCUGAAUUUCUGCUUCAUUCAAUCUGAGAAAUGCUUGGGUCCAGAGAAAAGAAGCAAGCCUUGUAGCUUCUCUGCAGAAUCAGGAUUUCGGGGUUUGUGUCCCAGAGGCGGUCAACAGUGAGUGAUGAGUAGUGUGGCGUACAGUCUACAGGGAGUAGAGGAUUCAUUUGAGUGAGAUCUCAGGGAGUUUGUGAUGAGAGCGUAGGCUACCGGUUCAGCCAAAAACAGGAGCUCUGCAGCUAGAAAACACCAAAACUUCAUUUUCUUGCUUAUACCAAAUUCUCAGCUGUGGAGAACCAGAGGGCCUGCAAGAUUUUCAUGAGGCUGAGGCGUGCCACUGCUAUAUAACAGGGAAGAAAUGUACUUGCUUGUAUUGCAAUUCUGGCCUAUAUUCAAUGUUUUCUUCAUGUAUUUAGAUUUGUCAUAUCAUCAUUCCAUAUGAUUGCCUUAGCUGGCUGAGACUGAUCAUUGUUACUUUACUUGUUUUGUACAAAUUAUCAUUUAAAAAAAAAAAAAAAUGAAAUGACAUGCUGGACAUCUGUCUCGUGUGAUCCCUCCAUCAGCUUAUCCAAAGAAUUGUGUCAGCUGAAUAAAACAAAAAAUACAUAACCAAA